AUGGAUUUCACCGACAGCAAACUUGCAAAUUUGAAAAAACGGUUUGAACAAGGACUUCUUACAAAAGAAGUUUAUGACAGUACUGCUUUGACUCCUAGCCAUGAGCAGGCUUUAUUAAAGCAACUCGAUGAUCUACGGGUGCAGUUCCAGAAAUCUGUCCAUGAAUUUGAGCUAAUUGUGAAACCAAAGAAAAAGUCUUUCAUGUGGAUCGCGAACCUAGAGACCGUGACGCUGGUGACCUUUGCUAAUGCCAUCUUCAACAAGUACCCUCAGGAGGAUAAAGAAGACGUGGUCUUUGAUUUGACAAUGGACACAAAGGACACAUACUAUCCCAGAACAGACACUCAAUUCCGGGAACUGCUGCGGCUACUGGUUGCCAAAAAUAUCCAUAUGAUGACGGUGACAAUAGAAACUCCCUGUAAACCCUUCAGUGACUGGAGUUUUAGGGAAGUCUGCCGCCACUAUGAGCUCUCUGCAUACAAUGAUCCAUCGCUUACAGACAUCUUCCCGACUUUCGAGCCUGGCAUCAAAAACCUUGACGACGAAUUGGAGCAGGCUGUGCUCAAGCAGCUCCUAGCGGAAUUGAAUGCACGGAUCAAGGGCACCCCCUACAAUCAAGCGAAGGAAACGAUUAAAUCAAUUUACACAUAUCCGUAUCUGCUUGCUGCAGUAAAUCUUUUCAAAGGAAAGUUCAUACUUCGUCCAGAGAGGCAGAUUACAGGGAAGAACGGGAGGGGACCUGUGGAUUAUGCAUUCGAUGCAUGCAAUGGGAUGAUGGUGGGAGUAACUGAAGUAAAGCGGGACGACUUCAAGAAGGGCAUUGCCCAGAACGUUGUGCAGCUCGAGUCAGCUUUGAACACCCGCAUACGCAAGGCCGAUGAGAUGCUGGAGAAGUCGUCUCCCAACCGGUGCUUCGGCAUCGUAACCGAUGCUGAAAAAUGGUAUUUUUUGGAAUGUGUGCUGAAUAACAGCAUACCAGCCUUCAAACUCUCUAACCCCCUGUGGGUGAGGUACAAGAACGAGGACCUUGAAAAAGAGGUGGCAAUGGUGCUUGAACGAAUUUAUUGGCUCCUGGAGAGGGUGGUAGACCUAGAAGCUUUCUUUACUCAAGCAGAGAUUCUUGAACCACUUUCAAGGCAAGUACAUCUUCAAAUCACCCAUGAAGCUGCGGAGAUGAAUUUGGAAAAUCAUGCCAUCUCCGUUGUCUUACUGCAAAGACUAGAUCCUAAAUUGGAAGAUCUCUGA